AUGAAAGUCGAAAUGGAUGAUAUUGAUGACCUCACCAUAUGCGACUCAGUUUCUUCCUUAAUAGAAGGAUGUAGACUUCCAGUGCAUAUGACAGGAACUAACGAUUGGCCUCUAGCAGAAAUAAUCAGUAUAAAAGAUGUAGCAAGUUCCAAAUACUAUUACGUUCAUUACGUUGAUUUCAAUAAACGAUUAGACGAAUGGGUAACGGAAGAAUCGUUGGAUACGAGGAAAGUCCAUUUCCCCAGAAAGGACACAGGUGGCUGUAGUACAGGCGUCUCGACGCCGAAAAAGUUACAAAUAGGUGGCGGAAGCGGAAGUGUAGCAUGUCCUGCCAGUGGCGGAGGGGGCGGCGGAGGCGGAGGCGGCGGAAGCGGAAUCAUAGCAGCAAGUGGAGGCGUAGCGAAUUUGCCCAGCGGAGGCGGUGUUGUUUCCAGGCCGGCUUCUCCGGUGAACAACGUGGAAUUAUUAAAUGGCAACGCCGUAUUAGCGGCGGCAUUACAAAAACGCAUAAAUCGAAAAAGGAAAGGUCCUUCGUUAGAAAGCGAAGACUCCCAAGAUGCCCCACAGGGAUUAACGCCGGGGCCUCGACAAUCAGGAAGUAUGGUAUCGCAUCACGAUGAUAUCGUUACCAGAAUGAAAAAUAUCGAAUUAAUAGAAUUGGGAAAACACAGAAUAAAACCUUGGUACUUUGCACCGUAUCCACAAGAAAUGGUCAAUUUAGAUUGCAUAUACAUCUGCGAGUUUUGUUUGAAAUACAGGAAGAGCCGAAAAUGUUUGGAGCGCCACCUAGCGAAGUGUAACCUGAGGCAUCCACCGGGCAACGAGAUAUACAGGAAAGAUAACAUUUCGUUUUUCGAAAUCGACGGCAGGAAAAACAAAGUUUACGCCCAAAAUUUAUGCCUGCUAGCCAAGCUAUUUCUAGAUCACAAAACAUUGUAUUAUGAUACCGAUCCGUUUCUUUUCUACAUAAUGACUGUGUUAGAUAUAAGAGGUUUCCACAUAGUAGGGUAUUUUUCUAAAGAAAAGGAAUCUACUGAGGAUUAUAACGUCGCUUGUAUAUUAACGAUGCCUCCUUACCAGAGAAAAGGAUACGGUAAACUUCUUAUAGAAUUUAGCUACGAGCUAUCUAAAUUUGAAGGUAAAACGGGUUCACCGGAAAAACCCUUAUCGGAUUUAGGUCUCUUGUCGUAUCGAAGUUAUUGGGCUCAAACGAUACUGGAAAUUUUACUAUCAAUGAAACCGAUAGGUGAAAACGAGAAACCCCAAAUAACAAUCAACGAAAUAUGCGAGUUGACCAGCAUCAAGAAAGAGGACGUAAUAUCAACGUUGCAAAAUUUGAAUCUAAUUAAUUAUUACAAAGGCCAGUACAUUAUAACGUUGAGCAAAGAAACGAUCGAAAGCCAAUUGAAGGCGAUGGAGAGCCGGAAAAUCCGAAUCGAUCCGAAAUGCCUCCAUUGGACGCCGAAAGAUUGGGGCAAACGGGCCAAAUGGUAA